AUGUGCAUAUGUGCUGCACACGUUUCUAAUCAAUCUCUACUGUCUGCCCAGAGUACAGCACUGGUGGUGACCAGUGGUGUAGUGGUGCUCUCUACAGUGGUAAUACUACUUGGCAACUAUUUUCUUCGGAAGAGGAAAACCCCCAAGAUCACCCUGCUCGACCCCACAGUUAAAUACCAACUGAGACUCAUCGACAAAGAGGUCAUUAAUCAUGAUACCCGCAAGUUCCGCUUUGCACUGCCUUCUCCAGAGCACAUCCUGGGCCUUCCUGUUGGGAAGCAUGUGUACCUGUCUGCCCGUAUUGACGGCAACCUAGUGGUGCGUCCAUACACCCCAGUGUCCAGUGAUGAUGACAAAGGAUUUGUGGACCUGGUGGUGAAGAUCUACUUCAAGAACGUCAACCCCAAGUUUCCUGAUGGGGGAAAAAUGUCCCAGUACCUGGAGAGCCUGACGCUGGGAGAUGUGAUGGACUUCCGAGGACCAGGAGGACUACUGGAGUACAAGGGUCAAGGGCGGUUUGUAGUGCAGCCAGAUAAGAAGUCCCCGGGGGAGGUUAAGACUGCUAGCUCCCUGGGCCUCAUUGCAGGGGGAACAGGCAUCACCCCCAUGCUGCAGCUGGUGCGGGCUAUCCUGAAGGACCCCAGCGACAAGACCAACUGCAGUCUGCUCUUUGCCAACCAGACAGAGAAGGAUAUCCUCCUGAGGGAUGAACUUGAGGAGAUCCAGGCCAGACACCCGGACCGCUUUAUGCUGUGGUUCACCGUGGAUCGAGCCCCUGAAGGCUGGGACUUCAGCCAGGGAUUCAUCAAUGCUGACAUGAUCCGCGAGCACCUGCCACCCCCAGAUGGUGACGCCCUUGUGCUCAUGUGUGGCCCGCCUCCCAUGAUCCAGUUCGCCUGCAGCCCCAACCUGGACAAGCUAGGCUACCGGCAGAGCCAGCGCUUCAUCUAUUAGCCUGUGGACCGGUGCCCCCCGCUUGGCCCCUUGUGGGUGGAACCCAAAGAUGACAGUGAGGAGCCCCAGUGACCCCCUGAGCUACACAGCUGUACACCCUUAAGGCCCCUGCAGAUGGCCACACAUUCAAUGAUGUACUGGAGCGUCAGGGAGAGGGUAGCGCAGCCAAUGAAAUUUCCUAGCACUUGUUGGUGACUGUCCUUGACACUUUCGGGUAAUUUAACAUGUUGACUUAUUACGUCUACAGUAUUGCCCUGAAUAUAAGGUAUAGCAAUUUCCCCAGAAAUAUGAACGCUAAUGCCAAGUGGCAGUGGUGCUAUGGGCUAAAGCAAACCCAGUAAGUAAUGUCCAUUGGUGGUUGGGGUGUUUAGCUAGCAUAGUGGUAAGAAUAUGUGUAGGUUUACCUGCAAUGACCAUGUCGAAAAAAGUGGAUCAAAAAUUGGGCAGAUAUCCAAAUGACUAAGAACCAAAUAUAAUGCAAAAUGUGGUUAAUUCAUCCUUUAUAAAAUUAACGUUGUUGUUCCUGGCCUUUACUAUAUUAGGAGUCAACAGAAAAAAGACAUAUUGGCUGUCAGACCUUGCUAAUGAAUUAUAAAUAGGAGUUUCUUUGGAUUUCUUUGAAAAGUUGAGAUGUUUUAAAAUCAGGCCUACCAUAUAUUUGGUCAGUACAGUGCCAACUUGUUUUGUCUUGUGGGUUUUCAAGGGGUCUUGCUGGGCGGAGCAGUUACGAGUAUUAAUAAGAAAGUCAAGAUUUUUAAAAUUUGUUUUUGAGCAGUUCAAAAUGCACUGCCACAGAUGUUGCACUUACUGUAAAUAUUUGAUGUACUUCUGCCCUUCUGAAAGAGUAAU